AUGACCGACGCCAAGUACUUUGCCAACACCAAAAAGGGUGAAAUUUUUGAGUUAAAAAGUGAACUCAACAGCGACAAGAAGGAAAAGCGGCGUGAAGCUGUCAAAAAGGUGAUCGCCUCGAUGACAGUGGGCAAAGAUGUGUCCGCCCUCUUUCCCGACGUGGUCAACUGCAUGCAAACCGACAACCUGGAGUUGAAGAAGCUGGUCUACCUUUACCUGAUGAACUACGCCAAGAGUCAGCCGGAUCUUGCUAUCAUGGCAGUGAACACCUUUGUCCGUGACUGCGAGGACCCAAAUCCACUGAUCCGAGCACUUGCUGUGCGCACCAUGGGCUGCAUCCGCGUGGACAAAAUUACCGAGUAUCUGUGCGAGCCUCUGAGAAAGUGUUUGCGAGAUGAAGAUCCCUACGUACGCAAAACCGCUGCAGUGUGCGUGGCCAAGCUCCACGACAUCAAUGCACAGAUGGUCGAAGAGCAGGGCUUUCUCGAUCUACUAAAGGACCUUCUCUCUGAUUCCAAUCCGAUGGUGGUCGCCAAUGCAGUAGCCGCUCUUUCGGAGAUCAACGAAACCUCAAGCUCGGGCAAGCAGUUGGUGGAGUUCAACAUCCAGGCCAUCAACAAACUGCUCACUGCUCUCAAUGAAUGCAAUGAAUGGGGCCAGGUGUUCAUCCUGGACUCGCUUGCCAAUUAUUCGCCGAAGGAUGAUCGCGAAGCACAGAGCAUCUGCGAGCGAGUAACACCCCGCUUGGCUCACGCAAACGCAGCCGUCGUCUUGAGCGCUGUUAAAGUGCUAAUGAAGUUCAUGGAACUGAUUCCAGGCGAUUCGGAUUUUGUGGGCACACUCAUUAAAAAACUUGCGCCCCCACUGGUGACGCUUCUGUCGAGCGAGCCUGAAGUGCAGUAUGUGGCGCUGCGAAACAUUAAUCUAAUUGUGCAAAAGCGGCCUGACAUUUUGAAGCAUGAAAUGAAGGUGUUUUUCGUCAAGUACAACGAUCCCAUUUACGUGAAACUGGAGAAGCUGGACAUCAUGAUCCGCCUCGCCUCUCAGGCCAACAUUAAUCAUGUCUUGGCAGAGCUGAAGGAGUACGCUACUGAAGUGGACGUUGACUUUGUGCGAAAAGCUGUUCGAGCCAUCGGCCGAUGUGCCAUCAAAGUGGAGCAGUCGGCGGAACGCUGCGUGGCCACGUUGAUUGAGCUCAUUCAAACGAAGGUCAACUACGUGGUUCAGGAGGCGAUUGUCGUGAUCAAGGACAUCUUCCGCAAGUACCCCAACAAGUACGAGAGCAUCAUCUCUACUCUGUGCGAAAACUUGGACACCUUGGACGAGCCAGAGGCACGUGCUUCCAUGAUCUGGAUCAUCGGCGAGUAUGCAGAGCGUAUUGACAACGCCGACGAGCUGCUGGAGAGUUUCCUGGAGGGGUUCCACGACGAGAACACUCAAGUUCAGCUUCAACUGCUGACUGCCAUCGUCAAACUGUUUCUCAAGCGGCCCACUGAAACACAGGAACUUGUUCAGCAAGUUCUCAGCCUGGCCACCCAGGACAGCGACAACCCUGAUCUGCGUGACCGUGGCUUUAUUUACUGGCGACUUCUCUCAACCGAUCCAGCCGCCGCCAAGGAGGUUGUCCUCGCUGAGAAGCCACUCAUUUCCGAGGAGACUGAUCUCCUUGAGCCAACUCUACUCGAUGAGCUGAUCUGUCACAUUGGCAGUCUGGCCUCUGUCUACCACAAACCACCUUCUUCCUUUGUGGAGGGAAAGACUGGUCAACUUCGAAAGUCUCUCACCACUCGAAAUGGCUCCAAUGAGGAGAACGGCGCUCCAGUUGAAGCGGCACAGGCGACGGUCAUUCCAGCAGCCGAUAGUUUGAUUGGCGAUCUCCUCAGUCUGGACAUUGGAACACCGGCUGCAUCUACCAGCGUUUACCCCGCUGCUAAUGUCGACAUUCUCGGCAAUGGCCUAGACAGCCUCCUUGGCGGUGGCACUGACGCACUUGGCGCUGCCUCGUCUGUUUCUCCAGUUCCUGCUGCGGCCUCUUCCUCAGGACUUUUGGGAGACAUUUUCGGCCUUGGAUCUACUGAAGCCUUUUACAUGCCUCCAAAACAGGUUUGGCUGCCGGCUGCUCGGGGCAAAGGCUUGGAAAUAUCGGGAUCUUACACUCGUAAAGCAGGUCAAAUUGUUAUGGAGAUGACGUUCACAAACAAAGCCAUGCAAGCGAUGGGUGGAUUCGCCAUUCAGUUUAACAAAAACAGUUUCGGUCUUUCGCCAGUUAACCCACUGCAGGUGCCCACUCCGCUUCAGCCAAACUCGUCUGUCGAUGUCAGUCUGCCACUCAACACCUCGGGCCCUGUGCAGAAGAUGGAACCGUUGACAAGCUUGCAAGUGGCGGUCAAGAACAAUGUAGAUGUCUUCUACUUUGGCUCACUUAUUCCAAUUCACGUUUUCUGCUGUGAGGACGGCGCCAUGGACAAGCGAUUGUUUUUGUCUACCUGGAAGGAGAUUCCCACGCAGAAUGAGAUUCAGUUCACCAUCGAAGACGUCACCCUCAAUGUAGAACAAGUAUCGAGCAAGUUGCAAUCGAAUAACAUUUUCACCAUUGCUCGGCGCAAUGUCGAGGGUCAGGAUAUGCUGUACCAGUCAAUGAAGCUGACCAACAGUAUCUGGGUCUUGUCGGAGCUAAAGAUACAGCCCGGCAAUCCGAAGAUCACUUUAUCACUGAAAGCUCGCGUCACCGAUGUCGCCCACUCUGUGCAUCAAAUCUAUGAGAUGAUUUUGCAUAGCUAA